UUAUUGGAUGCUUGAUAUAAAUAAUUCCAUUGUAACUGUUGUAUUUUCAAAAUUGCGACCGCGAGAGGGAUUAAAGUCAAGUAAACUCGAUCCUUGUCAUCCGCUUGGUAAUCUUUUUUCUGGCUCCACUAUUUUUGUUAAUCAUUAAACAUGGCGAGAGGUAGUAGUGCAGGUUUUGACAGGCAUAUUACAAUUUUCUCGCCAGAAGGGCGAUUAUAUCAAGUAGAGUAUGCUUUCAAAGCUAUUAAUCAAGGUGGACUUACUUCGGUAGCUGUUAAAGGAGCUGAUACCGCAGUUUUUGCAACACAAAAGAAGGUUCCGGAUAAGCUUCUUGAUGCAUCUAGUGUUACCCAUAUCUUUCAACUUACUGAACACAUUGGAUGUGUUAUGACCGGAAUGAUUGCUGAUAGCAAAUCUCAAGUCCAACGUGCUCGUUAUGAAGCAGCCAAUUUCAAAUAUAAGUUUGGCUAUGAAAUUCCUGUAGAUACACUUUGUCGUCGUGUAGCUGAUAUAUGUCAAAUUUAUACACAAAAUGCGGAGAUGAGACCAUUAGGAUGUUCAAUGAUGCUAAUAGCUUAUGAUAAAGAAAAGGGUCCAUGUAUUUACAAAGCUGACCCUGCUGGAUACUUCUGUGGAUACCGAGCUAUUUCUGUGGGAGCUAGACAGACAGAAGCAAAUUCGUAUUUAGAGAAGAAGUUGAAGAAAAAACAGAAUUAUAAUUAUGAUGAAACUGUACAAUUGGCAAUAACUUGUCUUUCUACAGUUUUAUCUGUUGACUUUAAGCCAUCUGAAAUCGAAGUUGGAGUCGUUUCGAAGGAUAAUCCAAAAUUCCGUGUCCUUACGGAACAAGAAAUUGAUAAGCAUUUAACGGCUAUUGCUGAAAAAGAUUAAUCAAGCGGUGAUUGCAGCAUAAAGAAAUUUUUCAGGCUUGCACUAAUAUUUUUUUUAUAAUUCAUAAAUUAAAUAAAAUUAUUAUACAGAUACAGUUUCCUAAUGCAUUAAGUGAACUUAUCAUAAUAAAAAGAAAACAACGUUAUACAGA